ACGUUGCACAAGGCCUAGAUUUAGUGUUAUUCAGAAAGUGAUUGCUUCCUUGUGUUCAUCCUUGCAGCCAUGACUUGAAAACCCGACGCGAUUUAUCAUUAUUGCGCAAGUCUGAAACUCUAGUAUCUGCUUCCUGAUAAUUUUUGGGACUAGUCCAAAGAGGAUUACGGAACUUCAUUCUAAAAUGUCUGAUACGCCAACCGCGGAAACCCCCCUUAUACAACAUUUCAAGAAGCCAUCACGAGCAUGGUGUCAGCAGCGUUAUGUCAUGGCAUUCCUUGCCUCUCUGGGUUUCUUCAAUGUCUAUUGCAUGAGGAUCAACUUGAGCGUGGCACUGGUGGCAAUGGUCAAUUGCACACAGGAAUACGAGGGCAAUGCCACAACUUCAGAAUGCCAAGCUGAUGUCAAGGAGAACAAUACCACUCCCGAGUUGGUUGGGGAAUUCGACUGGAGCCCAGAAACCCAGGGUGUCGUCCUGAGUUCGUUCUUUUACGGCUACGUGGUCAUGCAGAUUCCCGGCGGACUGAUAUCGGAGCGAUUCGGUGGGAAGUGGCCGUACGGGCUCGGCAUCCUGACAACCGGCUUCCUGACACUCCUCAUACCGCUGGCUGCUCGGACAAGUGUCAAUUUCUUGAUCGUUUUGAGGGUGCUUUGUGGCUUAGGGGAAGGACUCACUCCCGCAGCUUUGCAAAAUCUCAUAGGAAAGUGGGCGCCACCUUUGGAGAGGAGUCGACUGAUAGUCUACUCUUUUAUUGGAGGACAAUUUGGUACGAUUGUAGCCAUGCCCGUCUCGGGACUCCUAUGUCAUUAUGGGUUUGCAGGAGGUUGGCCAUCCGUGUUCUAUGUUUUCGGUACUCUCGCCUGUUUAUGGUUCAUAUUAUGGGCGUGUCUUGUUCACAGUUCUCCAGAUGAACACCCAAGAAUAUCCGAAAAAGAGAGGACGUACAUCAAUAGUUCUAUUGGCGAUACCAAGAAGAGUGCUUCAGGCCAAGCCCCAUGGCUGCUUAUCUUGACGUGUCCUUUUGUCUGGUCACUGUCCCUGGUUCAGACUGGCAUCUCAUACAUCUACUAUACCAUUCUCACAGACCUUCCCACGUUUAUGGAAACUAUACUCCACUUCAAAAUCAACGAGAAUAGUCUCCUGUCCGCUAUUCCCUACACACUCUAUGCGGUACUUGGACUAACAUCUGGGCCUCUUGCUGACUGGCUCAUCUCAGGUCACAUGAUGUACACCAUCAAUGUUAGGAGAAUAUUCACGGCCGUCGGAGUGGUGAUCCCUUCCGCGGCCAUCAUAGCAGCUGGAUACAUAGGAUGUAACUAUUACCUGGGCGUUGCCCUUCUGACCAUCAGCACCGGGUUCCUGGCUUUUGCCCUGCCAGGAUAUAUCGCAAAUAUGAUAGACUUUGCACCGAAUUAUGCAGGGAGCAUCAUGGGCUUCAUUAACACGUUUGGGACGAUAGCCGGGAUAGUUGCACCCGUUGUGGUGGGGAUAUUUACAUCAAAAGAACAAAACUUACUGCAGUGGCGAGUCAUCUUCCUCGUCGCCGGUGUCUUCAAUGUUGCUAGCGCACUACCUUAUUUUAUCUUCGCGAAACCCGGUAGGGCGGCUUGGAGUGUCAACGAGGAAUCACCGCAAAUGACAGAAACAGUGACUGCAAGACAGGCGAGCCUUCAUACGAGAAAGGACGACAGCCCCGCCAGCACUUCUUGACGUUGAAAUCAACGAACUAAAUGUCUGGGUGUCAGAAUUUACUUACAUGUAUUCCACAAAUUGAAGAAUUUGAAGAAUUUGAACCUGGACAUGUACUGGGUCUGUUAAAAACAUGAUUCAUUUUCAAAAUGGAACAGCUUGAAAUCUGUAUCAUUAAUAACCUGUAGUGUUAUCAAAUCCUUGUAUUAUAUUCAAGUUCAAGAGAAAGGGGAUUUGGCAACGGCAGAAACAAUGUGUUGAGAAGAGAAAAGGUUUACUUUUUACACAAUUGCAGUGGAUACAUGUAUCAUGCACUUUAAUUCAAAAACACUAUCGAUGAGAGCUGAGGCAAGCAUGUCCCUCUUGCCACCGAGCCGAUCCUUCAAUCUGUAUUGGCGGCGCAUCAGCCGGGAGCAUCACCAACAUCAGAAAUCGUUGUGUGCUCAAGUUGUAAUGAUAGAGCAGUAACAGCUGUAGCUCACGUCCGUUUCUCAUCAAGUUGACUUCAGUCCUUUAGUGUAUUACACGGCAACCCACACAAUAUACACGUGGAAUUCUUGUCAGCAAAGCUGUAGAAUUUGGAACGAACCACCGCAAUCAGGUUGUAUUUUCGUGGAAGACGGGCGCAAUGAGAAAUCGGGGCGACUUGGUCCCGAAGGAUUAGAUUCCGGGUCCCUUGAUUACAUUCUCUCGGUGUAACGAAAUGAUCAGAAGUAACUUGAGCAGACAACCUAGAAGUUCUGCAACUAUAGUCCAAACAAUUGGUGACCUAAGCGAUCGAAAUUCCCGGGACGGAGGCAGCAUUUGAUUAAUUUGGGAUAGAAUUGGCAUUAACUGCAGCUGAGCAGUGACACCCCUUACCGUUAAAGCUAGAUUGUAUUCGAUUUGAAACAGAGAGUGAAUACCUAAUUUGUCUGAUUAAGAAUUGAUUAAAAAAACUGAUCGACCUGUGUUCGGGUCGAUGCUACA